AUGCGCCUCAUAAAUCUCGUAUUGGCCACAGUAAUUACACUGCUAGCUAUAAGCAAGUGCAGUCUAAGUACAGCCAAUGAGAUUGAUACGACAACUGGCUCAAUCCAGGACCAAGAGUAUGAGGGAAAUACUCGAUUGCGUAAGGAGACGAGUGAUCACCCUUUAGGUGUAGAAGAAAGAUUAAUGGGAGGACGAUUACAAGUGAAGGGAGAAAGGCUCGGACACGCUGCGGAAGUAGUUGGAUUGGAGUGGAUUCUUAAACGGAGAGCGAUUCCAGAUCAUUGGUAUAACGACAAAACGUUCCCUGGAAGAGUUCGAGUGAGGCCGAAUCAACUGACACUGCACACUGCUGAUGAAAGUAACAAUAGCAAGUCGGAGAGUCUACGUGCUAAAUUCUGCGCGAUCUAUCGAAUGAUCCUUCGCGCCAAUGGUGCGAAAUGUUAG